AUGGCUCAACGAUUUAGAGCCUUAAUGAAUGAAGAGGAAGAGCAGAUUUCUGUAUGUGAAGUGCAUCAAAUGGAGGACCAUGUGGAUGUGGGUGAUAUUAAUGAAGGGCCUCAGCAUAAUGAAGGCCCAAUUAAGGAGAAGAAGAAGUCCACCUCGUUAGAGGCUAAGGUCCCUAUAAAUUCUGAAGGCAAAAAUCCUCAGACCAAAGUUGGGAAAGUCCAACAACCUGUAAUUUCUUUAAGGAACCCAAAGAAUAAGUCCAUACAACAUAAUUUAAUUGUGCAGAAAGAUAAUCUUUCUUCUAAAUGUCAAAGUGAUCCUACUGCUUUGGACAAGAAAAAAAUCAUAAUGAAAGAAAAAGAGGCAGGAAUGUUAUGUGAUAUGAAAAAGAUGGCCCAUUAUGGGAAUAAUUUUAUAGAUAAUUUCACUACUCAUAAUUGUUAUCCGAACAAAGAGGAAGUGGAUUUUGCUAUAAACACUAGGAUAAAAAAUGAUGUUGCAUCUGCUAUUCUUAAACCUCCAGAGUUAAUUAGAAGCAAUUGUAGCGGUAGUGAACAGGAUAUGGUCAUUGAUAAAUCAAGAAGGCCUAAGGAUCUGGAUGCUCCCAUGGUUGAUACCACGCUUGGGAGUAUUUGGUGUUUAUGGGAUACUAAUAGCUGGAAGGUUGAUGUGAUUAUCUCUGAUGUCCAAUUUAUUCACAUGAAGGUACAAUGGCAUAAUGAUGAUCCUUGGUUCUUAACUGCGGUGUAUGGCAACCCCCAAGCCUUAUCAAGACGUGACCUUUGGUAUAACUUAAAGAACAUUGCCCAAUCAGUGUCUUAUCAACCUUGGUGCUUGGUUGGUGACUUCAAUGCUACUUUGAAUAGUUGGGAUCGUAAAGGUGGAUCGAGGGAUACUCAGAAUCUUGCUUGCCCUUUAUUUCAAGCCUUUAUGAGAGAUUGUAACAUUGUGGAUGUUGGCUUUGUUGGCUCCCCCUUUACCUGGAAAUAUGGUACGUUGUAUGAACGUCUUGCUAGAAUUAUUCUUAACUUGGAUUGGAGACUUAGAUUUGAGCAGAUGUCUGUCUGCCAUCUUUCUCCCUUCAAAUCUAAUAAUAACCUGUUGCUUAUGGAUUUUCAUAACUCUGAUGGUCUGAAUAGAGGUAGACGUCCCUUUCGUUUUGUGGCUGCUUGGCUAACUCAUGAGGACCUCCCAAAUGUUGUUCGUAAUUUAUGA